AUGCCAGACACAACCACAAAUCGUGAAAAGCCCAACCAGACAGGAAAGGAGAAACAUGCAGAGGCAAGAGCCAAUGUGCAAGACCCUAAACCCAAAUGGAAAGGCGAAUCCUCCCUGAAGCAGUCAGGGAACACCGACCAAAGUCUGGUACAAGUACGCAAUAAUUGCGGAAUACCAGAGUGGACAAAGAGCCGCCCUGAGCACCAGUUAGUAGGAGACAGAAACCCAAGGCACAGGAUCGCCAGGGAAGUCGAUUACAAAACAGAAGGUGAAGUUGGAGACGACUCCGAUGAAGAAGAACCAGAGAAUAUCCCUGGUGAUUUCGAAGUGGAGAACACCUCCAACAACUUCGAACCAGAGGACCCAAACAAGGGACCUCACUACUCGCCCAGAAGAAAGGGCAAGGACAUCAGUGUUGGGACCAUAAUAAUGGCCCCAAGAUCCGACAUCAUUGAAAACAAUGACGAAAAAAAUACACUAAAACUGGCAAUAAGCCAGACCAAAAAAAGAACUACCAACUCUUUGGUGACAACACCAAAGAGGGAUCCCCCUGAGGAAAGUCCCUCAGAAGACAACACCCCCGAGAAAAACACCUCGGAGGGAGACCCACUGAAGGAGGACCCUUUGGAAGAAACCACCCUGGAGUCUCCAGAAGAAGACAAGCUCUGGGUGGAGUUUAUACUCGGCUGGCUAGUGGCCACAAUCCACCCUCUCCCCAGUAGAAAUACUGGGCUGCAUCAUGCACGAUUGGGCAACAAGGCCAAUCAGCCCUCCUCAUACCUGAAGGAGGACCAAGAAUUGGCAGAUAAGAUCAAGUAG